GCGGCCGCACGUCUCUGCCCCGCCCAGGGGCCGGGGGGAGCGGAGCCUGGCGCUGCAUCUCUUCUCUCGUCUUCUCUUCCUGCAGCUGCCAGGCGCUGAAGGAGCAGUGGGUGGCCGCGCUGCAGCGGUAAGCUGCUGCUGCUGAUGCAGCUGCUGCGGGGGGAUGCUCCCGCAGCGGCCGCACGGGGGAACACAGCUCCUCAGCCGGGGACAGCUGCCCCUGCGGCUGCGGGCAGCUGUCGGGUACAGCUGCGUGACAAGGCAGCGCAGGUGGCUUGCGGCUCACCCAGCUCUCUGCCCGUCCCUUUUGCCACCGCACAGGAGCCCGGGAGCCCGAGUGAGCCGCCUGCCAAGCAUCAGAGGCCUGGCCGCGGAGCUGAACGGCCGCCGUGCAGUGAGUGUCUCUGUGCUGCGGGCUCUGUGCCCGAGCGCUGCUGCGCGUGCCCGGCCCCAGAGGCACGGCUGCUCACCUUCCUGCGCUGCUUCUCUCUCGCGCAGGGGAGGCUGUUGAGCGCCGGGAAGCUGGAGCGGCUGAUCGAGGAGCUGCAAAAGGCUGAUCCCGAGCAAGGUCCUGCCAUGGCCCCGUCCGACCAGGGAGGACGACUCGGCCGCUGCCCAGCGGCAGGGAGCAGUGGCAGCGGCAGCAGCGGCACGAUGAGGGGGAGGUGGCUGCCCUGGCCCUUUGCUCUGCGGCGGGGCGCAGCCGGGGCUGCGCGGGCGCCGGGGCAGGAGGGCUCCGGCUGCAGCAGGGCGCUCUUCGGGCAGCCCCUGGCAGCCGUCUGCGCAGAGAACGGCACGCUGCCCCGGCCCAUCCAGGAGCUGCUGGCUGUCCUGCAGCAGCAAGGCCCCACCACGGAAGGCAUCUUCUGCAAAGUGGAGAGCGCCAGGGCCAUUCAGGAGCUGCGGCAGGCCCUGGACCGUGGCCUUCCUGUGGACAUGGCAAGCCAGCCGGUGCUGCUGCUGGCCGUCGUCCUCAAGCACUUCCUGAGAAGCAUCCCGGGCAAGCUCCUCGUCACAGACCUCUACGAGGACUGGAUGGCAGCCAUGCAGAUGGCCAGCAGGGAGGACAAGAUCUCUCAGCUAAAAGCAGCCAUGCCGGGAAGAGCAAAGUGGGCCUGCAGGCAGAGCAGACAAGGAGCCCCAGGCAAAAAGCUGUCCUCAUGCAUCUCCCUCACUGACAGACGUCCACCAAGAAGAUGGCACAGAGACCAUGGUUCUGGAGGGCCGAAAAGGCAGAGAUAUGUCAGCUUCACAAACCCAAGCACAACACGUCCUGGACAGAUGGGCAGAAGAGCCAGAAGGCAGGCUGGGGCCAAGGGCAAAAAGGACAAAUCACAGGCUAGAGCCAGUGAGCAAGCUGGAGCCAAAGCAAAAGCACAAGACCCAAAAGGCCCCCAGACUCAAAAAAGCCCAAAGCCAAAAAGCAAACCUCCAAAAAGCCCCCCACUCAAAAAGCAAGUUUCAGAAAACCUAAAGCCAAAAAGUCCACCAAAAAGACAAAAGCAUAGGCUCCAAAACCCCCCAAACUUGUGACACAGUUACUUUUUAUUCCCCUUGGUCCUUCCCAAGGUCUGUCUACUGACAGGAGAGCAUUGGCCCAGUCCAACCUUCCAUGGCACUCCAUUUCACCAUAUGAUUGGAGAACCUCUCUGGAGGGUACAGUGUCUUCAGUGCUCCCCUGCUGACUGCCUGUCCCAUAUGAGAUAUGAACUGGUUGCCAGGGCAGAGUCUCCCCAGAGACAAGGCUUUUCUCCAUCUUCUCCAAAGUGCUUUCUGGAAGUGGCACAUGUGCACACCCUGCCCCACAUGCCUCUGACAACCAUUGUUGAGGCUAAAUUGGCUUCUUACAGGUGUGCUUUCAGAUUUUAAUAGUUUUGUUACAUCCACAUAGAUGCUUCCUCUGGAGGAGGUUUUAAAUAUAUGUUUAAAUGAAAAUAUAUUUUGGCAGAUCUUCCUUGGCAUCGCAGGCAAUCUUGAUAAACAUUGUUAUCCAGAGAUAAGGAGAGAGAGGAGAAACUGUCAUUCACAACUCUGUGUAAUCCCAGUGGGAAACUACCUACAAAAAGAAGAUGCAUUCUCUUUACAUUCUUAACCUUGUUAAUCAAAACCCAUUGACAUGCUUAAUUUAACAUGAGGCAUUGAGUUAAGUAAUUAAAAGCAGAUAUUGAAAUUAUUGACACCAAAGUGACAAAAAUUUGUUGUCACUGACAAAGGUUUACUAAAAGGUCAGAAACGUAAUUAGUGUUCUGCUUUAUCCUUUGAGUUGUAGGAAAUGAUAAUGGAAGAUACAGAAGGACACAGCAAAUCAAUACCUGUCUCUGUGACUUGUGUCACCAGCAAAAUUUUUUGGGUUUUGGUUCAUCUACAGGACAUCAGGCCUGCUGACAACAGACAGAGUAAGCCAAGGACAAAGGAUCUUUGCACAGGACUUAGGGCUCAUUAACAGAACUUUUAACUGUAUGUGAAGGGGAAAGGCAUGAAAUCAGGCUCUCUAAGAUAAGCCUUAGGGCAGCACACCAGUGUUAGACGGAUGGUGUGAAGUCCUUCAGUCUGCUUCGUGAUGUGCUAAGUACAAUGGGGCACAUUUGAAAAAAGCAAGAGGAACCAGAAUUUUUUUCCUAGUCCCAUGACUAUGACACCAUUGUCAUAAGCAAAACCUGAGUUUUACUGACAUGAGUACUAUGACUGGUGUGUCAUGAGAGAUGGUUGCAGGCUCUUCAAGAGGGAUGGGCAGGGCUGGCGAGGUGGCAGGGUGGAGCUGUGUGUAAGGAAGCAGUUGGAUUGUAUGACGCUUGCAGUUGGUAGUGAUACACCCAAGAGCCUCUGGGUAAACAUGAAGGUGAAAGAAAAUAAAACACAUAUUGUUGUGGGGAGUAUGCUGUCAACCAUCCAUCCAGGAUGAUGGAUCGAUGAAUUUUUCCACAAGGAAUUGAGGAGUAUGUCAAGACUACACUCUCUCUAUGAGUGAUUUCAGCUUCUCAGGCAUCAACUGAGAAUAUCAUACAGCUGACACAAACAGGUCCAGGAAAUUUCUGAAAUAUGUUAGAGAUAACUUUUUUGGAGCGGGUACUGAGGGAAACAAGUAGAUUUGUUGUUCCCAUGUUUGUUGCUUGCAAACAGAGAGGGCGAAGUGGAGGUUGGUAGCUGUCUUGGUCACAGUGUAUUACCACAGGCCUGGGCCCUAGGGUAUAUCACUGUGUCCCGCAGCCAUAGGGAGGAGGAGGAGAGAAGAUCCAGCAGGC